CUGACAUCAGCAGUCUCUUCCCUGCCUGAGCCCGAGUGAGGUGGGCAGUGUACAUUUUCCUCUCUUUUCGCCACGAAGCGGAUCCAAAACCAUCCGUCAAAAUGGUGAACUUUACCAUCGACCAGAUCCGUGCCAUCAUGGACAAAAAGGCCAACAUCCGUAACAUGUCCGUGAUUGCGCACGUCGAUCAUGGAAAAUCAACUUUGACAGACUCGCUGGUAUCAAAGGCUGGCAUCAUUGCCUCAGCUCGUGCUGGAGAGACCCGUUUCACCGACACGCGCAAAGAUGAACAGGAGCGAUGCAUCACCAUCAAGUCAACCGCCAUCUCCCUUUACUACGAGCUGUCCGAAAAUGACUUGGCCUUCAUAAAGCAGACCAAGGAUGGCACUGGUUUCUUGAUCAACCUGAUUGACUCACCAGGACACGUUGACUUCUCCUCUGAAGUGACUGCUGCUCUCCGUGUCACUGACGGAGCCCUUGUUGUAGUGGAUUGUGUGUCUGGUGUUUGUGUGCAAACUGAGACAGUGCUCCGUCAGGCCAUUGGUGAGCGUAUCAAGCCAGUUCUGAUGAUGAACAAGAUGGACCGUGCCUUGCUGGAGUUGCAGCUUGAACCUGAAGACCUUUACCAGACUUUCCAGCGCAUUGUUGAGUCAGUCAAUGUCAUCAUUUCCACUUACGGAGAUGAGGAAAAUGGACCCAUGGGCAACCUCCAGGUCGACCCAACCCACGGUACCGUUGGGUUUGGUUCUGGACUCCAUGGCUGGGCUUUCACCCUGAAGCAGUUUGCUGAGAUGUAUGCAGCCAAGUUUGCUGCCAAGGGCCAAACUCAAAUGACACCAGCUGAGCAUGCCAAGAAGGUGGAAGACAUGAUGAAGAAGCUGUGGGGUGAUAGGUACUUUGAUUCUACCGCUGGAAAGUUCCUUAAGUCUGCUACUGGAGCUGAUGGUACCAAGCACUCUCGCACCUUUGUUGCUCUUGUCCUGGAUCCCAUCUUCAAGGUGUUUGCUGCCAUCAUGAACUUCAAUAAGGAGGAAACUGCCAAGCUGAUCCAGAAGUUGGAUAUCAAGUUGGAUGCUGAUGACAAGGAAAAGGAGGGCAAGCCUCUCCUGAAGGCUGUGAUGCGCCGCUGGCUGCCUGCCGGAGAAGCCCUGCUGCAAAUGAUCACCAUCCAUCUGCCUUCCCCUGUCACUGCUCAGAGGUACCGCUGCGACCUGCUCUAUGAGGGACCUGUAGAUGAUGAUGCUGCCAUGGGUAUCAAGAACUGUGACCCUAAGGCUCCUUUGAUGGUGUACAUCUCAAAGAUGGUCCCCACCAAUGACAAGGGUCGCUUCUAUGCAUUCGGUCGCGUGUUCUCUGGGUGUGUCUCCACUGGCCUGAAAGUGCGCAUUAUGGGACCAAACUUUGUCCCUGGAAAGAAGGAUGACCUGUAUUUGAAGCCGAUUCAGAGGACCAUCUUGAUGAUGGGUCGUUACGUUGAGCCCAUUGAAGAUGUGCCAUGUGGUAACAUUGUGGGUCUGGUUGGAGUGGACCAGUUCCUCGUCAAGACUGGAACAAUCACCACCUAUGAGCAAGCACACAACAUGAAAGUGAUGAAGUUCAGUGUCAGCCCUGUGGUCAGAGUUGCUGUGGAAGUCAAAAACCCUGCCGACCUGCCUAAGCUGGUUGAGGGUCUGAAGCGUCUGUCCAAGUCUGAUCCCAUGGUGCAGUGCAUCAUUGAGGAGUCUGGAGAACACAUUGUUGCUGGAGCUGGAGAGCUGCAUCUGGAGAUCUGUCUGAAGGAUCUGGAGGAGGAUCACGCUGGCAUUCCACUCAAGAAAUCUGAUCCAGUGGUGUCCUACAGGGAGACUGUUAGCGAAGAAUCAAGUGUUAUGUGUCUGUCAAAGUCGCCCAACAAGCACAACCGUCUGUUCAUGAAGGCCAGGCCCUUCGAGGAUGGACUGGCAGAGGACAUCGAAAAGGGUGAGGUGUCAUCUCGUCAGGAAAUGAAGGCCCGAGCCCGCUACCUUGCUGACAAGUACGAGUGGGAUGUCGGUGAAGCCAGAAAGAUCUGGUGCUUUGGACCCGAUGGAACUGGCCCCAACCUUUUGGUGGAUGUUACCAAGGGAGUGCAGUACCUUAAUGAGAUCAAGGACAGUGUUGUGGCUGGCUUCCAGUGGGCAGUAAAGGAGGGUGUUCUCUGUGAAGAGAACAUGCGCGCCAUUCGCUUCGACGUCCAUGAUGUGACUCUGCAUGCCGAUGCUAUUCACCGUGGUGGUGGUCAGAUUAUUCCCACAGCUCGCAGAGUUCUGUACGCAUGUGAGCUCACAGCCGAACCCAGAAUAAUGGAGCCCGUGUACCUGGUGGAGAUCCAGUGUCCUGAGUGUGCAAUUGGUGGAAUUUACGGUGUACUGAACAGGAGGCGUGGGCAUGUGUUUGAGGAGUGCCAAGUUGUGGGAACACCUAUGUAUGUCACCAAGGCUUACCUGCCUGUCAUGGAGUCAUUCGGUUUCACAGCUGACCUUCGUUCCAACACUGGUGGCCAGGCCUUCCCACAGUGUGUGUUCGACCAUUGGCAGAUCCUCAGCGGAGACCCACUUGAUGUCGCAACCAAGCCUGGUACGGUUGUCAUGGAGACACGCAAGCGUAAGGGUCUCAAGGAAGGUGUUCCAGCCCUGGACAACUACCUGGACAAAUUGUAAACACCUGACACCCCACUUGGCUCUUGCCUCAUUCCUCCCUACCCAAUAAAUUUUAAGUCAACAUUGUGGAACUGGACUGUACAGAACACAGUGAGCACUAAUGUUUGCCAAAAGGAUCGACAAUAAUGAAUAAACACCUACAAAAAUUGUAAACGAUAAAUAAAAGAAAAUAAAAACUAA